UGUCAGGGGGGAGCAUUUAGGCACAACACCGGAAACAGACAAGUAAACGGAAGUGAAGAAGGCUAAGAACAACUUCCACGUUAGCGGUUUUAUUUAGACGUUUUAACAUCCUGGAACUCAAAAUCGGAUUAAUUGAACUGCACAUCAUCACCCCGUGUAGUGUUUAGUUCGCGUUUGAGACAGGACUUAUUUGAUAGCUAACUAGCUAACAAUGGCUAACUGUAUGAUUUUUCAAACUCAAAUAGCCUCCAUCAUGGAGGUUCUAGCGAAUGCAGCCGUGGCAGAGAUCUGUAAACUCGUAGACGACGACUAUGCAGUGUUUCGUUUGGAAAUAACUCAAAGCCAGAAAGAAAACAGGGCAUUGCGGAGGAAACUACUGGAAUCGAAGGUGGCACGGGAGCGCGCAGAAAGGACAACGCGAGAGCGCGUCCUCGCCAGUCGUCCCAGUAGUGUCAAGAUUGUCGAACGAUACAGAGGAAUGGCAAGAGGUGAAGGACAUCUCACUGGAGGCCACAGGAGCUUUGUGAAGCCAGCGGUACACAAUACAUGGAGAGAUGACCAACCAAUCACUGUUGAUGAGGGGAGUGGAACCUCAAUCCAGCAUGUUAUUUUGAUAGAGUCUGCAGAGGCUGCAGGUCCUGGAGGAUCGUCUCUGGUCAAGCAGGAGAAGACUGAAAGAACGGCUCCUGUAGCCACAGAGAACCCCAUCACCGCCCCAGGGCUGCCCAGGACACGAUGCAGCAUCGGGUCAGUGGAAUACCGAACGUCGUCAGAGAUGGACUCUGAGACUUUAACUGAAACCCACAGACUCUUGCAGACAGGAUAUGACCACAGAUCAGAUCCAGAGAGACUGGGCUGUCCUCCAGCUCCAGGCUCAGAGUACUUACCUGUAUUUCACCAGAGCCAGAGGAUGGUUCAUUGCCGUGGAGACGGUGAUGAUAAUGCGCUAGACACUGGCGGUGAUGACCUGUCUUGUUCUUACGUGACAGAAAUGGACGCUGGCAACAUAUCCUUGGGCUUAGAGAGACAGACUGAUCUGUCUAGAGGGGACUGGAACCAGUACAGUAGUAGUGUAUACUCUGAAGGGUGCCAAGACAAGAAAGUGGAGGUUAUAGUGGUAGAUGAAGUGACUGUGAAAGUGGAGGGCGACGCUCCUCCCACAUGGAAUGCAGAUAGUCAUCUAGGAGACGGACAGUCCCAGGGCAGAGAUUCCUUAGAUUACAGGGAAAGCUUAGAGACCAAUCCAAAUGUUGCGACCCACUCUCCUUUACAUUCGCCCAGGGAUCGCGACCCAGUGUCCACGUCAGUGGGGCCUUGCGAUUCACAAGUCCUUUUCGAUCAGGUAUUGAACUCAAACGAGAAGGCUAGAGACCAGGCUCAGGGAGGGGGAGCCACAUCAGGCAAUAGUAAAGAGAAAUGGUUCCUAUGCAUGUUCUGUAACAAAGGCUUCAGCUGCCUCCAGAAGGUGGAAAUCCAUCAGAGGGUCCACACAGGGGUGAAACCCUACAGCUGUAGCCAGUGUGAGAAGAGGUUCUCCCAGACUCGUGACCUGAAGAGGCACCAGAGGGUCCACACAGGGGAGAAACCUUACAGCUGCCCCCAGUGUGAGAAGAGGUUCUCCCGCCAGGACAAUCUGAAGAUACACCUGAAGGUCCACACGGGAGAGAGGCAGUUCGCCUGUACGCAAUGCGGGAAGAAGUUCACAGAAAGAAGCUACCUCAGGAUACACCAGCAGAAAAACCAUCCCACUCUAUUAACAUAAAAUUGUAACCAUUCCACUUGAUAACUUCUGAAGUUUAGAUCAAAACCUGCAUUAAAGGGUAGGUAAGCAUAAAAAUUCAACUAAAUGUAACAUAUGGAAUUGCAUUAGUAUACGCAUCAAAAGUCCAAAUGCAAAGUUACCUCACUUUUCUAUUUUUCAAGUUGUUACAUAAAACCUAUCAGAAUGCCGAA